AUGGAGGAAGUGCGGGACAGAGACGUGCUCGGUGGUCCGAUGGAAGCCCACGGACCCCAGAGCCCCGAGGAGGAGCUGCCGCCGUCCCCUCCAUCCCCACCACCUCCACCGUCGCCGCGGUCGCCCUUGACCCCGGGGACUCCCGAGCCCCCGCAGACCGACGCGCCUACGGAGGUGGAAGCCCGUCAGCUGCUGCUGGAAGAGUGGGGCCCUCUGAGCGGGAAGCUGGAGCUGCCCCCGAGCCUGUCCUGGAAGCUGCUGUUCCUGGAGCGGCCACUGUACCGCAACCUGCUGUCCUCGCCUAACCCCGAAGGCAUUAAUAUUUACCAGCCGGCGCCCCCUACGGGUCCCACGAGGAAACCCUUGCAGGACCUAGGUAAUUUCCGUGGAUGGCACAUUACAACGCAGAAUCUCCCGGGAAACCUCAGCUGGACAGUGAAAGAGCAGUGUGUGAACCUCCUGGCCAAGAAACUCUGGGAGGAGCUGUUGGAUGAUGAGCAGCCAGACAUCACCAUCAUGGACUGGUUUGAGGACAGCCGUUUGGACCUGUGUGUCUAUGAGCUGCACGUCUGGCUGCUGGCAGCUGACCGCCACACAGUCAUCGCCCAGCACCAUGUGGCUCCCCGUACCAAUGGAAGAGGCCCCCCUGGCCACUGGGUCCAGGUGUCCCACGUGUUCCGCCAGUAUGGCCCAGGUGUGCGUUUCGUCCUCUUCCAGCACAAGACCAAGAACCGAAUGGAGCCUGGGGGGCUGCGGCGGACAAGGGUGACUGACUCCUCGGUGUCUGUGCAGCUCAGGGAGUGACUGGCUGCGCUUCUCAGAGUUCCCCAGUCCCAUAGGAGUCCCUGAUGUUUGACGCCUGUGCCUUUAGCGUUCCCAUGAUUCGUAACACUUCCCUAAGCAUAUCUCCUUAAGCCAACCUGCUCCCUCCUCUCCUUCCUAGCCCUGUUGAACUCCAUGUUCCUUCACUCUGUCCUGGCACAGGGCACUACUCUGCUCCCUUCCCCAGCCCCAGCACCUACCAGAUCCAUCAUUUCUUCACACCCAGACCCUUCAAUCUCACCUGGCCCUUGCGUUCUGUUUUCCACACAUCUCUGAAUGUGUAACUCAGGGCAGAAUCCACCCCUUGAAAAUUCAGUGUUUGUCAGAUAGCAAGGGCUCAGUAACUUUCUCAGGGUGAGUACGAAUAAACACAAGAUGCUCCAAGAGACUGUUUCCCUCCUCUUUGCUCCUUAGAACUUUUCCUCAUUUGCAUCCCAUUCACUCAUCAAAUCCUUGACCCUCCAGCACCUUCAUAACCCCUAAAUAGUUUGCACUGACUUUGAUCUUUGAUCUUUUUUUGUUGUUUGUUUUUCGAACUCUAGCCCAGGCUGGCCUGGAAUCCAUUAUGUAGUCUCAGAGUGGCCUUGAACUCCCUGCAAACCCUCAGCGCUCAUACCUCUGCCUCCUGAUUUCAGGGAUUAAAGGCUCCUUUGAUCUCUUUUCAUCCUUUACCUCUUCUCCCUCCUCUUAAAUCUCCGAAUUUCCCCAAAUCCCUGUUCUACCUCUGACCCAUCCCAGUAAUCGUCCUCCUAGAGCAGUCCCCUACCAUUCCUGGAGGACUUUGUGUUUCUAGACCCCCUAGAGUCCCCACAGCCAGAAUUUCA